AUGCACCAAUAUUUCUUUUUGUUACUAUUCUUUUUGUGCCAUUCAGAAUCGAAGACUUGUAUUGAAGGCGAGACUUGCCCCCAGGAAGAGCAAUGUGAUUUGGAUAUUCGAUGUCCACGAUUUGACGAUGGGGACUCGGCGGUACUGAUACCCCAUCACGAUUGUACCAAAUUUUACAAAUGUGCCAGUGGAAGGACGUGUCAAUAUCGAUGCCCAAGCAAUCUUCACUUCAACCCAGUGGAGCUCGCAUGUGAUUGGCCGGAGAAAGCAUGUUGCGAUCCAUCUCUACCUUGUACCAGAGAAGGCUGCAUUCAAGGACUAACGUGCAAUCGUGGUUUCGAAAGUAUACCAUCAAACCAAUCAAAUCCCAUCAAACCACCAACAUACAAUAAUAACAACAGCAACAACAUACAAACUAGGAAUCAAUCCGUCGCCUACAGCACAGAUGGUUCAUUUUGCAUCGACCACAUUCAAUGUCCUUCAAACGAUAUACCAAAUAAUCCGGCUUUACUACCUCACACAAACUGCCAACAGUUUUAUAAAUGUUCAAAUGGAAAAGCAUGUUUAUUAUCCUGUCCAACAGGACUACAUUUUAGCAGGAAAUCAAACAGCUGUGAGUAUCCUAAUGUUGCCUGUUGUGAUUCUUCUGUACCUUGCACCGGUGUAGUACAUCAUGUUUCAACCAAUUGCCAAGCUGACUCACGAUGUUCCCUACACGAAGAUCCUAUGAACCCAACACACUUACGGCAUACGGAUUGUCGUUUGUUUUACAAAUGUUCCUACGGGAAAGCAUGUGAACUGUCGUGCCCAGUAGGACAACAUUUCAGCCAGGCUGACAACCGCUGCGAAUUCCCUUCCGUAGCAUGUUGCGAUCGAACUCUUCAAUGUUACCGAGGCAAUAAUGCUGCUUCGUCUCAAUCAACAUCAGUGUCUUCACCUGCUCCGGAAAUUUGGACAGAUCCUAGAAAUGCCACCGAAUGUAAACUAGACACGCGAUGCUCGUCUUCUAAUGAGAAGAGAAAUAUUUAUUUCAGACACGCAAAUUGUUCCAAGUACUAUCAAUGUAACAGCGGGUAUGCCUGCGAAUUCCAGUGCCCCCCGGGAUUACAUUUCAACGAACGAGAUAAGGUGUGCCAAUGGCCGCAGAAUGCAGCUUGCGAUAUGCUGGCUUAG